AUGGUGCGCUUUAUGGUAUCUGCCUUAGUUGCUGCUGGUUUUGCUGCAAUAGUAUUGAUGCAGAAUUUUGUUCUUCAGAAUUCACGGGCCAAUUUCCUGUGGGUUGGAGGUUUUGUUUCCUUGGGUGAGACAUUGAUGUUUGUGGCGCAGGGUCCGGAAAACACAAAAGGCAUCUAUAAAUGUAGUCUGUUACAAUGUUUUUAUGGGAUUAUAAUGGGAACUGUUAGAGCCUACAUUUGUGGUUUGUUAUUAUGGUGCUUAAAAGAAAUGGGACCUCUUUUUUCAGUAUUAUUUUACUGUGCUUUUGCACUUCUAAGAAAUUUUAUGCGAACCGAUAAUUUGAAGCAUUUGAGGCUUUGGUUUGGAUGUGCUGUAUUCAGUGUACUUCUUUUGUACGUGGGACUUUUUAUUGAAAAAGGUGGAGAUGUUUGUCGUAUCACUCUUGCUUUCGCUGGAUUAGGUGUGCUCUUGUUUCUGGCACAUUUUUUUGAGGCGAAUUGCCCAAUGAAAAAUAGGUUUUGGCAGAUGGUUUUUGAAAAACUGAUUGCUUCUAUAGAGUUGUCUAUUUGUGGUUGGCUGUACUAUUCAAGUGAUACAGCAUCUGAUUUUUCAUAUACAUGGCUUUUGUUUCCUUUGCUUUCAGUUAUCUCGGGAUGUGGGAAAACAAUUUAUGAUUUAAGUGUGGGAGCAGCAAUUGUGCCGUUUGAUACAAAUGAGGUUUUGGUGUUUAUUUUGAAGGGUUGUUUUGUGAGUUUGUUUUUGGGGGGUUUUGAGUUGGGUGAUUUUAUUGUAAUGAUCAGUACAUUCACUUUUUUAAUUUGCUCUUUGAAGGCGAUGCAUUGUAGUAGUAUAUUGCCGUCAUUGGAGCCAUCAAAUUUUGUUUUACCAAAGCAUAAAAAUGGUUUAACGUAUGUUGGUGGCGCGCUUCUCUUUUUUUUUACAAGUGAACGCGAGAGGAAGUUGGGCAUUUUUUUCCUCCUUACGUUAGUUGUGAUGGUUCUUGAAUUGAUUUAUGGCAUUUCUGCUAAUUCUCUGGGUUUAGUUUCGGAUUCUUUCCAUAUGUUGUUGGACUCUGUAUCAAUUGCAGUUGGCUUAGUUACAGAGUUUGCUUCAUCUUUCCCUGGUGAUAAAAAGACACAUCCAUUUGGUUAUGCUCGGUAUAGAGUCUUGGGUGGAUUUAUUAAUGCAGUGCUUUUACUUUUUAUAGCAUUGUUUGUUGUUAUUGAAUCAAUUGAACGACUACUGUGUCCCCCCGAUAUACACGCUGCUUAUUUAAUACAUGUAGCUUUUAUUGGCUUGAUUUUAAAUCUUAUAGGCGUUGUGUUUUUUCACGGCGCGGAUGGUCACUCACAUUCUCAUGAUGGAUGUUCUCGCUCUGUGGACCACAAUUUGAGAGGAAUUUAUUUGCAUAUACUGGCAGAUUUGGUGGGUAGUAUAAAUGUUAUGAUAUCAAGUAUAUUAUUGAGUCUUAAAGGUUGGAAAAUUGCUGAUCCACUUUGCAGUCUUGUAAGUUGUGUGUUUAUAGCUGUUUCAGCCUUUCCUCUUUUAGAAGAAACAGGAAAGAUACUUCUUUUGUCUGGACAUCCGUAUGAUCAAGAGAUAUUUUUUCAAAAAGCAAUUGCUGGUAUUGAGGACAUCGCAUAUGUUAAUUCAGUAGAAAACAUUUUUGCAUGGCCUCAUUCUACUGCGCCCAAUGAAUCAGCAUAUUGCGCAAUAAGGUUAUCUGUGCAUGCUCAAGCCAAUCAUAACCAAAUACGUCUCUCUGUGAGACAAUUCAUGAAAGAGUUCUUUAGGGGGGAAACAGGUUCAACUCAUUUGAGUGUAAUUGUCCAUAUAGAAUAG